AUGGCCGAGAACGACUCUUUCCUGCACCUUGCGCGCCCCCUUGGUCCCGCGCCCGUUGGCACCCAGCCCUCGACUGCCCCGCUGAACGUGGCCAUCCAGCCCCAGGCCGUCUUCUCCAUCCUCGACCACUCGCUCCGCCGCCCCGCCGACCAAGAGCGCGUCAUUGGCACCCUCCUUGGCACCCGCAGUGAAGAUGGCACCGAAAUCGAGAUCCGCAACUGCUAUGCUGUCCCCCACACGGAGACGGCCGAGCAGGUCGAGGUGGACAUGGACUACCAGAAGCAAAUGCUUGCUCUGCACCUGCGCGCCAACCCCCGCGAAGUCCUCGUCGGCUGGUAUGCGACCAGCAGCGACCUGAACACCUUCUCCGCCCUCAUCCAGAAUUUCUACAGCCAGCAAGGCGACGGCACCUGGCCACACCCCGCAGUGCACCUCACUGUCUCCACAGUACCCGGCCAGGACAUCGAGUCACGGACAUACAUCUCGGCGCCAAUUGGUGUCACUGCUGAGCGUGCCGCCGACUCGUGCUUAUUCAUCCCCGUGCCCCAUGAGAUCAAGUACGGUGAAGCGGAAAAGUCUGGGUUGGAACUCAUAUCGGGAGCCAAGGACCGCGAGGACAGGUCACAGGAGAUUCUCACCGAUCUCGACUCGCUAGAGCGCGCCGUCAUACAUGUCCUGGAUAUGUUGGAGCGCGUAACGGACUACGUCAACAAUGUGCUCGACGAGGAGGCGGAGCCAUCAUCAGCACUGGGACAGUUCUUGAUGAACGCUCUCAGUCUGGCACCCAAGGUGGAGCCUGCUGACAUUGAGCGCGACUUCAAUGCCCACAUCCAAGACGUACUGGUGGUCUCAUAUCUCGCCAACACAAUCCGCACACAAAUCGAUCUAUCAAACCGCCUGGCAACGGCGGCCCUCACCAUGGGUGGAAGCGAUGCUCUGACUGGUGACGGUCAAAAGGAGGGCGGCGACAACAACAAUAGGGGCAAGGGUGGUGACCGACGAGGCGGUGGCAAGGGCAGACAACAAAGACAACAAGAAGCUUGA